AUGAACACAACAGCCUCCUUCUCCAUUCUGCUGCUGCUGUGUGGCGUCUCACAGGCGUUAUUUCUCAAGAACUUUGACGAUAUGUUAGUAACAGAGCCUGAAGAUGUUGACAUCACUAAAAAUAUUUUGGACUCCAACAAUGGAUCUACUGAACUCCUGAUUGAAGGAGAUCUGGUGUUUCCCAAAACCAGAAAUGCUCUCUUCUGCUUUAACAACAACUGUUUGUGGAAGAAAAACACCAAGAAUCUAGUGGAGGUGCCUUACACAGUGAGCAGAGAAUUCACAUCUAAUGAGAAGACGACUAUCGAGAACGCCAUGAUGACCUUUCACAGCAAAACCUGCAUCCGCUUUGUGCCCAGAUCAUCUCAGAUAGACUACAUCAGUAUUGAGAACAGAGACGGGUGUUACUCUUCUCUUGGUAGAACAGGUGGCCGACAGGUGGUCUCUCUCAACAGGUACGGCUGCGUGUACCGUGGCAUCGUUCAACAUGAGUUCAAUCACGCCCUGGGCUUCUACCACGAGCAAACAAGGAGCGACCGCGACCAGUACGUCAAGAUAAACUGGGAGUUCAUCUCUCCUGAUAUGGCCUACAACUUCCAGAAACAGAACACCAACAAUCAAAACACUGCAUACGACUACGGCUCCGUCAUGCACUAUGGAAGAACAGCCUUCACCAACCAGGCUGGAAAGGAAACCAUCACCCCCAUUCCUAAUGCUUCUGUGCAAAUCGGACAGACACAGGGACUGUCUAACAUCGACAUUCUGAGGAUCAACAAGCUGUAUGGAUGCACAAUUUGAGGCUUAUGA